AUGUCUUGGAACGCAUACACUGACAGUCUUAUUUCUACUGGAAAAAUCGACAAGGCCGCAAUCUAUUCUGCUGCAGGCGAUUCUCUUUGGGCUGAGUCCGGUGGAUUCCAGAUUGCCCAGCAAGAAAUUCUUACCAUUGCAGGUGGCUAUGCUGAUCCACUGCAAUUGCAAGCUCACGGCUUGCAUAUGCAAGGCCAGAAGUACUUCUUGUUGAGAGCCGAUGAAAGAUCCAUCUACGCUAAGCAGGACGACCAAGGUAUUGUUGCUGUCAAGACUAAACAAGCAAUUGUCAUUGCUCACUACCCAUCGGGAGUUCAAGCUCCUGAGGCCACCUCGGUCGUUGAAAAGUUGGCUGAUUACUUGAUUAGUGUUGGUUACUAA